AUGAAGCUCUCUGUUACUUCUUCGCUGUCCCCAAUCGUCCUUUCCUUUAUCUGUCACGGUGCUGUCGUUCAAGGCUUCGUACCUGUCAGCGGCCCAAUAGCAGCCAAAACAACGUACGUUCCCGGCAUCAACAGUGUUACUGCCGGACCACGCACCAGGGCAGCUCAUACCAGUUUGGCCAUGCAAGGCAAUCUCUUUGAUCGGUUUGUGAGAGUCUUCAAUGCCAAUGUGAACAAGAUUGUCUCAGGCUUGGAGGACCCUGAGAAAGUUAUUGUCCAGGCUGUUGAUGACAUGCAGACUGAUCUCGUCAAGAUUCGUCAGACAUAUGCCGAAACCACUGCCAGGCAACGACGUUUGCAACGCCAAAAGGAUCAAGCCGAUGCUGAUGGAGAAGCUUGGUACGUGCGAGCCAACUUAGCCUUGCGCAAGGGCAACGAGGGAUUGGCUCGUGAGGCGCUCGGCCGCCGCCAAGCGUUUGUAGACAAGUCCAUGGCACUUGAAAAUCAGUUGGAGACUCAACGUCUAGCCAGCGAUAAGAUGUACGAUGCAAUGAUGAGUUUGGAGAACAAGAUCAAAGAGGCCACGAGCAAGAAAGAGCAAUUGAUUGCGCGCGCUAGAACUGCAAAGAGCAUGCAGCAGGUCAAUGACAUGCUUAGUGGUCUCGGAGGAGGCAAGAAUUCGAUGAGCGCUUUCACGCGUAUGGAGGAAAAGGUCGAAGCUUUGGAAGCUGCUGCAGAAGCGUCCACCGACCUAACUCUCAUCCCAGACAUGUCCAUGGAAUCGGAAUUUCGUCUCUUAGAGCAGUCGUCGGAGGUUGAGAAUGAAUUGCGGAAGAUGAAGGCUGAUCUCAAAAUGCUGAGCCCCUCGGCUGCCGCAUCCAAGGACAUAGGAAUCACCAUGCCAGAACGUAAGAGAGUGACUAUUCCUGUCGGUCGAGGGGCGAAUUUCAACUAG